GGGGAGUUGUUUUUGAUUGAAAGGCGGAAGUGGAGAAGAAACGGUGGUUUAAAGCGCACUGGGUUUUGAUUAAAUCGCAAUUUACAGUAAAGCGAGAACAGAGAAAGGAAAACAGACUUCAUCGUGUUGAUGUUGUAGUAAAGAGAAAACAAAUCGAGAUGGAGGAGAGGGCUCGCAGCUGCUUGCUGCGCUCCAGGAUGACCCUGGAGGAGGAUAUUAAGGCUUCCUACCUUAUAGACCACAUGAUCACUGAUGGAGUUCUGACCGGAGAUGAGGAGGAUAGGAUACUCAGUAAGCCAACCAGAAAGGAGAAGGCAGCAGCCCUGCUGGAGGUCCUGCUGUGCAAAGACAACAGGGCGUACAUCUCGUUCUACAACGCGCUGAUCCGUGAGAGCUACGGAGACCUGGCCGGGCUGCUUCACGGCGACCUGCCGCAGCUCAGCCCCGAGGGGGACAAGAGCUCCCUGAACGGGAUCUCUUCCUCAGUGCAAAUGAUCCUGAGUGAAGGGGGCGUGCCCCAGAGGCCCAUGGUGUUUGUGAACCGGCCUUCUCUGCUGUCCCAGCUCCGGGAGAAGCUGAGGCAUCUGCAGAAAGCUCCGGGGUGGGUCACCGUGCACGGCAUGGCAGGAUCUGGAAAGUCUGUGAUCGCUGCUGAGGCGGUGAGAGAUCGGGUGCUGAUCAACGAGUGUUUUCCCGAUGGAGUUCACUGGCUGUCCAUCGGUCAGUGCGACAAAGCCGAUCUCCUGGUGAGAAUGCAGUCUCUGUGCUUUAGGCUGGAGCAGAGUCAAAGUUCUGAAUCGUCUCUAAGGACGCCAGGCUCGGUCGAGGAGGCGAAAGAGCGACUGCGCUUCCUCAUUCUGCGAAGGCUUCCCAGGUCUCUGCUGAUCCUGGACGAUGUUUGGGACAGUUUCACUCUCAGGGCGUUUGAUAUCCAGUGCCGAGUUCUCCUGACCACCAGGAUCUCCACUCUGACCGAUGCAGUGAGCGGUCACAGGUUCAAGGUUUCCGUGGAGAGCGGUCUGGACGAGGAGAAAGCUCUGGAAAUUCUUGCUCUGUAUGUAAAUGGGAACGCUCAGACUCUUCCAGAGCAGGCUCGCUGCAUCGUGGAGGAAUGCAAAGGUUCUCCUCUGGUCGUAUCUCUGAUUGGGGCGCUGCUCCGAGACUUUCCUGAUCGCUGGGGCUACUACCUGGAGCAGCUGAGGAAGAAGAGGCUCAAGCGCAUACGCAAGUCCUCCUCAUAUGACUACGAGGCCCUGGAUCAGGCCAUGGACGCGAGUCUACAGGUCCUCGAAGAAGAGCACAGAGAGCUCUACAAAGACCUGAGCGUGCUGGAGAAGGACGUGAAGGUGCCUGCCAAGGUGCUUUCUGUGGUAUGGGGUCUCGAGCUGGAGGAAGUGGAAGAUGUCCUCCAGGAGUUCGUGAAUAAAUCUUUGAUGUUCCGUGAUUGUAACCAGCGGCCGUACCUCUACUUCCUGCACGACCUGCAGCUCGACUUUCUCACGGAGCAAAACCGCAAUCAGCUAGCGGAGCUGCAUGCUAAAGUGGUGUGUCAGUACCAGAAAGCGUACCAAAAAAUGCCACCGCUUUCAGGAGACGUAGAGGGGUUAUACUGGUACCGCUUCCUGGCCCAUCACAUGGCACGGGCAGGCAUGUCCAAGGAGCUCUCUUCCCUCAUGUUUUCACUUGACUGGGUAAAGAAUAAGGCUCAGGUGAUGGGAUCCGCCCACUUAAUCAACGAUUACGCAGAGUAUGGUGGUAUUCUCGACAAAGAGAAUAACGAGGUGAGGCAGCAGUUCCAGGAGUUCCUGUCUUUAAACGGCCAUCAGCUGGAGCAGAGGCCGUUUCCUGACGUGGUGCAGCUGGCCCUGGCUCAGCCACACUCCUCCGAGGUCUACAGGCAGGCCUUAAUGCAGGCUCGGGAGAGGGCCAGCAGGGGGCAGCUCUACCUGGACUGGGUAAACAAGAGCAGUCUGGAGUCAAUGUCACGGCUUGUACUGCAUCCGAACCAGAACUCGGUGCACUUCGCGUGUUUCUCUCGGGAUGGCAGUAAGAUCGCCUCGUGUGGAGCCAGCAAGACACUGCGGGUGUUUAAGAGCACCUCCGGAGAGAAGAUCCAGGAGAUCCAGGAUCUUGAUGACGAAGUUCUGUGCUGUGCCUUCUCUCCUGAUGACCGUCAGAUAGCAACCUGCUCCAGCGACAGGAAAGUCAAGAUAUGGAAUUUGGAGAAAGGCACGCUGGUGCGCGUGUUUAACGUUGAGCACGACGAGCAGAUUAAUCACUGCCAGUUCACGAACAUGAAGCGGCGCAUCCUGCUGGCCACCUGCUCCAACGACAAGAUUACCAACACCAAGGUGUGGAACAUGAAUAAGCAGACGUCUCAGAACACCAUGUUUGGACACAUGGAUGGUGUUAAUCACUGCUGCUUCUCUCCGGACGACGCCUACCUCGCCACCUCGUCCAACGAUGGAACGCUAAAGCUCUUUGAAGUGACCUCAGCGAACGAGUGGAAGUCCAUCGACAUCACCAGUCUGUUUCCAGAGAGUGACGAAGGCAGCGUUUGUGUGAAGUGCAGCACGUGGUCAGCUGAUGGCCAGCGCAUUAUAGGUGCUGCAAAGAACACAGUGUUUGUGUUCGACGUGGCGACACUCGACCUGGUGUUGGAGAUCAGAGCGAGUCGUCUGAGCACGGUACAGUACUGCCACGCCUGUCCUAACAGCCAGCUCAUCGCCUUAGCACUGUCUCACUACACCGUGGAGCUGUGGGACUUUGAGGCUAAUAAGAAGAUGGCUGAAUGCAGUGGUCACCUGAGCUGGGUGUCGUGUGUGCAGUUUUCUCCAGACGGCUCGCUCCUGCUUUCAGCCUCGGAUGAUCACAUGAUCAGACUGUGGAAGACCGAGCGUGUGCACACAUCUUCAGCCGUGGCUCUGAAGAGGGACUUUGAUGUUCUCUUCAGUCAGGAGGACAUUACAGUGGUGGCAGCAGACAGCCAGAACUGCUUACAGGUGUGUUCAGGCCCGGAGGGAAAAGUACUGCUUGAGACUGCCAGACAGGAACAGAGGAUUCGUUGCGUGUGUAUCUGCAAGCAGACGUCCACCGUGGCUCUGGGCAUGGAGGACGGCAGUGUGCGGGUGCUCGAGGUUCCCUCGGGUAACGUUUUAGCAACACUGCAAGGUCACACCAAAACCGUGCACCAUUGCCUCUUCACCGAUGACGGGCAAACCCUAAUCACAGCCUCGGAAGACUCUACAAUCCGGGUGUGGCAAUGGAGGACAGGAGAGUAUCUGGAAUUAAAAGGCCAUAAGGAGCAAGUGAGAAGGUUUCAACUUCUAAAUUCAUCCUCUGCUCUGCUGUCAUGGUCAUUUGAUGGCACUGUUAAGGUGUGGGAUCUGAAGUCAGGAGAGAAGCUCCAGGACCUGCAGUGCCAUCAAGGUGCUGUUCUAUCUGGUGACGUAUCCCCUGAUGGACUCCUUUUCUCCACCACCUCAGCGGACAAGACGGUGAAGGUGUGGAGCUGUUCAUCAUGGAAGAUGGUGUUUUUCCUGGAAGGCCACAAGGCGUGCGUUCGCAGCUGCCGCUUCUCCGGAGACAACAAGCGCCUCGCUACCGGUGAUGACAAUGGAGAGAUCAGGCUCUGGAACAUGCUGAAUGGAAAGCUGCUGAAGAUCUGCUCCCGGGAGAGCAAGGAUUCGAUGGAUUCCUUCCAUGGAGGCUGGGUGACUGAUCUGCACUUCUCUCCUGAUAGCAAGGUCCUUGUAUCUACUGGUGGAUACAUCAAGUGGUGGAGUGUGGACAAAGGAGAAGCCCUGCAGACCUUCUACACCACCGGGAACAACCUGAAGCGCAUCUGCGUCUCUCCCGACUUCAAAACGUUCAUCACCAUCGACAACAUAGGAAUCCUGUACGUCCUGAAGCAGGUGAAACGCAGGUGGACCGUCUAAAACUCCACCCUCGUGAAUCGCCUUCUGUGGUUUUUAUUUCUUUUGCACCUCAAUGUCGAGGGGGUUUUUCGUGGGUAACUUCGGAAAAUGACCUGCUGUCUGCAUGCACAAGAGAAUCGGUACUUUUCUAGGACAAUCAGUGUCUCUCUCUCUCUCUCUCUCUGUUCUAAUUUAAAACGUUUUCAAUUGGAGGUACUGUGAAGCCCCACACCACUGUGCCUGAGUGUCUGAUCUAAAGCCUUAAACCAAGAUUAAAUCUGCCAGUGUGGAAAAAAA